ACAACUAAAAAGGAACGACACCGUAUCGCAUCCUCAUUUAAGAAAAACCCAAACGGCCAAAUCCAGGUUUUGGCUCAGACGACCAGAGGAAGAGCACCGACGAUGGCGUGGACACGAUUGAUUCAGAGCGCGAGAGCAGCUCUAGGGACAGCGCAAUCGUGCUCGACUCUUGGCCUCCCUAGAUUCCACUCCUCCAAACCAGCCACUUAUUUCGUGAAGGUAGGGAUUCCAGAGUUUCUAGGUGGGAUUGGAAGAGGAGCUGAGACUCACAUUGCCAAAAUUGAAACUGAGAUUGGUGACCUUCAUAAGCUUCUUGUGACGCGUACUCUCAGACUCAAGAAACUUGGCAUUCCUUGCAAACAUAGGAAACUGAUACUGAAGUAUGGCCAGAAAUACAGGUUAGGGCUAUGGAAACCUAGAGCUGACGCUAUUAAGGCCUGAUCAAGUCUCUAUGUUGUAACUGUGAGUCUCUCGACUGCCGGAAUAAGCUCUAGUACUUGAAUGAUCAUUGUCAAACCAGUUCAGUAUUGGACAAAAUAGACAGUAGAAGUAAUGUUGGUUUUGAUGUUUGAGAAACAAACCUAGUGACAUUUUCCUUGUUAAAUGUAACAGUUUUUUUUCUCCAUUGGUCUAGAUUGAAAGUGUGUUUUACCUUGAGAAACCUAUAGAUGUAGUAACUUUUCUCUAUAUAUAUGAAAGUGGCUUCUAAUAAGCCUCCUCUCUA